AUAUAUAUAUAAAAAUCAGAGGCGGAGCCCGAAUGGAGCAAGCAGGAAGAUUCCACUGAGAAAACAACAGCUUAAAAGAUCAACAAUGAACAAUGAAUGGGAAUCUUGAAGUGCAAUGACUGAGAGAGGUUUUCAUUCGAGGUAAUGAGGAAGAGUAUGAUAGGUUUCAGAGGACCAGGGGGAGGGGGGUCAGAGGAAGGGGUCUGGUGACAGCUAGUGAAAGGGAUCAAACCCUCAUGUGGAACAGAGAGGAAUUAAAAGGGAAAGAGCAAGAAAAAAAGCAACAGAAGCACACUGGCGGCCCUCAAACUGAACAUCAGGAUGGGCGUGAAGCGCAAGGCGGCUGCUGCUAUCUUGGUCCUGCUUCUGUGCCUCGGCUCUCUCUGGAUCCAGGGAGGUUUGGAUUACCACUUGCAUUCCUGUUUGAAAGGUUACAAUCAUAUUAACAAGUAUCAGCUUCACCAGCUGUCCAACAGCAGCGAGGCCGGUGAUGAGACCACAGGCCUGCCUGUCCUCUCUCUUUGCCCCGGACAGAAGUUCCAGGUGUCACUGUUGGUGUCCCACCUGCUGGCUGCCCGGGCGUACCCCUCCGAUGUGCUGCUGCAGCCGUAUCUGUCCAGCUGGGAUGAGCUUGUAAAAUUCAUGGAGUCUCUGGGCCCAAUGGUGGGUCUGAUAUCAAAAGAGAUAGAGACGAAGACCUCUAUAAUCCGCCAACUAGCCCUGCUGUCUGAGAAGAGCCCUGAUGCAGAGUUUGGCCCAGAUGCACACUUAGGAAACUCUACUAAUUCAACAGCCCAGAAAAAAAAUGUUGUUGGGGUUUCCCAGGAUACAGGGGCUUACCGUUCUGUACGUAUAAUGAUCCGGACAGAGCUGAGUCAAGGUUUGGUCGAUUUCAACCAUCAGACGGACUCUGGAUGUCGGACCCUUUUGCGACUGCACCGAGCUCUGCUCUGGCUGAAGCUUUUCCUGCACAAGCUGGCAGAUACACCAACAACCGGACGGCUCAGGAGCCCCUCUGACCUUUGUCGAGAGGCUUACCAGAGCACCCUCGCUCACCACCACACUUGGUUUGUCCGAAGAGCCGCCGAGUUGGCCUUUAUUGCCCUGCCGGAGCGGGUUUUCUUCUACAGGCUGGUGUGUGUGCAGAACCAAACGGAACUGAGCGUGGUGUUAACCAGAGUGGUUAAUGCCAUCGGGGAAAUCUAUAACAGGACACAGAAAGCACUAGAGGAAAAUGGCAUGCUGGACUUACCUUAAAAUGUAAAUCAUCCUGAUCUUCUUUGCUUUUGCCAAUAGACUUUCAACCAAACAAGAUGCAAAGUUAUCUUUUGAGGUCAAAA